AUGGCAGGAUCAAUAACCAAACCGAAAAAGCCGAAAUCCAAGCGCACUCCCGUUCGCUUGAGGCACAAGAUUCAGAAGGCCUCGGCCGCGAAGCAGCGCAAGGCGAAGAAGGAAGCCAAGAAGAACCCGCAAUGGAAGAGCAAGCUCAAGAAGGACCCCGGCAUCCCCAACCUGUUCCCUUACAAGGAGAAGCUGUUGAACCAGAUCGAGGAGGACCGCAUCAGGAAAGCUGAGGAGCAGAAGCGCAGAAAAGAGAUGCUCAAGGCUGCCAAGGCCGCCGGAUCUGAGGAGAACAAGGACGAGAAUCGCAUGGACGACGACGAAGAGUUUGAGGGACUCGAGGAGGAUUCCAUGAUGGUCGAUGAGGACGAUGACGACAGCGAGGGGGACGACUCCAACCCUCUUGCGGCUCUCAUUCGCAGCGCCAGGAAAGCGGCCGAGCAGUAUGACAAGGAGCUGGAGAGCGGCGACGACGACGAGAUGGACGACGAUGAGGAUGAUUCUUCCGAUGAUGAGGAGUCUGGCGCGAUCGAGGUUCCAGGCGGUGCUUCGUCCCGCAAGGCCUUCGACAAGGUCUUCAAGCAAGUUGUUGACCAAGCCGACGUUGUUCUCUACGUUCUCGACGCCCGCGACCCCGAAGGCACCCGCUCGCGCGAUGUUGAGAAGGCCGUGAUGGCUGCUGCUAGCGGCGGCAAGCGUCUCAUCUUCAUUCUCAACAAGGUCGACCUGAUCCCCUCACCAGUUCUCCGCGCUUGGCUCGCCCAUCUCCGUCGCUUCUUCCCUACCCUCCCUCUCCGCGCCUCCAACCCUGCGCCCAAUGCGCACGUCUUCAAUCACCGCGAUAUCACCGUUCAGAGCACCUCCUCUGCCCUCUUCAAGGCGCUCAAGUCUUAUGCCGCGUCACGCAACCUCAAGCGCGCCAUCUCGGUUGGUGUCAUCGGCUACCCCAAUGUCGGAAAGUCCAGCGUCAUCAACGCUCUCCUCUCCCGUCUCGGUGGCCGCAACAACCGCGCCCCUUGCCCCGCCGGUGCCGAAGCCGGUGUCACGACCUCUAUCCGCGCCGUCAAGAUCGACCAGAAGCUCACCCUCCUCGAUUCCCCCGGUAUCGUCUUCCCCUCUACCGGCUCCAUCUCCAGCUUCACCCCCAAGAACCCAACCGAAGCCCACGCCCACCUCGUCCUCCUCAACGCCGUCCCACCAAAGCAAAUUGACGACCCGGUUCCGGCCGUCACCCUCCUCCUCAAGCGCCUCUCUGCCCAGCCAGAGCUUCUCGAGAAGAUGAUUCAGCUCUACGACCUCCCCCCUCUUCUCAUCAACCCCGAGAGCGGAGACUCGACAACCGACUUUCUUGUCCAGGUCGCGAGGAAGAGAGGACGUCUCGGGAGGGGCGGUGUUCCCAACAUCCAGGCUGCUGCCAUGACGGUGGUGACAGACUGGAGAGACGGCAGAAUCCAGGGCUGGUCGGCUGUCCCACCAGCGGUUCAGACCGGCGCCCCGGCUGCUUCGGCGAAGGGGCCGGCCAAGAUUGCCAACGAGGAGGUGGGUGCCGAUCAGAAGAAGAUUGUCACCGAGUGGGCGCACGAGUUCAACUUGGAGGGCUUGUGGGCCAGCAUGAAGGCUGGUGCGCAGGAGGAGGGGGGUAAUGAGGUUGAGAUGGAAUAG